GGUUCUUGGGGAGGGGAGUGCUGGGACCGAGGGCCGCGAACUGGCUGCAGGGUGGGGAAGGAAUCUCGAGAUCGGGCGGCUCUCCUUGGAGAGACUCGCUAUCUUCUUCGGGAUCCCACAAGACUCGGGACAGCAACCUGGACCUGCCACUCCCGCUCCAGGGUCUUGGAAAUGGACCUUCUUCAGUUCUUGGCCUUCCUCUUUGUCCUGCUGCUGUCUGGAAUGGGGGCCACAGGCACCCUGAGGACCUCAAUGGACCCAAGCCUGGAGAUCUACAAGAAGAUGUUUGAGGUGAAACGACGGGAACAGCUAUUAGCACUGAAGAACCUGGCACAGUUGAAUGAUGUCUACCAGCAGUACAAGAUCCUUGAUGUUAUGCUCAAGGGGCUCUUUAAGGUGCUGGAGGACUCCCGGACAGUGCUCACUGCUGCCAACGUGCUUCCAGAUGGGCCCUUCCCCCAGGAUGAGAAGCUGAAGGAUGCCUUCUCCCAUGUGGUAGAGAACACAGCCUUCUUCGGUGAUGUGGUACUGCGCUUCCCAAGGAUCGUACACCACUACUUUGACCACAACUCCAACUGGAACCUUCUCAUCCGCUGGGGCAUCAGCUUCUGCAACCAGACAGGUGUCUUUGACCAGGGAACCCACUCACCCAUCCUUAGCUUGAUGGCCCAGGAGCUGGGGAUCAGCGAGAAAGACUCCGACUUCCAGAACCCAUUUAAAAUAGACCACACAGAGUUCAUUCCCAGCACCGACCCUUUUCAGAAGGCCCUGAGGGAAGAAGAGAAACGCAGGAAGAAAGAGGAGAAGCGGAAAGAGAUGCGAAAAGGCCCAAGGAUCUCACGAUCCCAGUCUGAGUUGUAACCCUGGAGCAGCUCAGGGAUCAAGGGCCAGCAGGAGGCCUGUUGAGAGGAAGGGGAGGCAGCCGUGUGGCUGUGGCCUGGCAGCACCCACCGUGGUGGUGAGCACCAGCCCUUCCAGAUGGUGACACCACAUUUACUAGGGCCUUGGGAGCUGAAGGAACUGAACCUCAGGGGGCUGCAUUUUCUCCUAGGACCUCAAGAGAGUGUCCAGGAGGCCUUCAGAGAACACUGUGGAGAUGGCUUGGGAGGCAGGAGGGACCUUGGGUUGGGCUCUUGGUGGGCGGAGGCUCCUGGCUGGCUGGCUGCCUGCCUGCUGCGGUUUGCAGCGAAGCAUCAGAACCAGACUUGAAUCACUGGUAGAGGUGAUGCCUGUAUCUGGUCCCAUUGUGUCACUGAGCCACCCAGCCCAGGUCCCAGCUCCUCUCCAGAUACAGAAAAGCCAGAAAAUCCACUGGGCCCCCUAAGGCUGGUGAGGGGACUAUGAGGGAAUCAGGGACCCUCAGGGAUGCCGAGGCCAGCUUGGAGGAUAUUCCCACCUCAUCGAGUCCCAGGCCUGGUGGAGCAGAGAAGCAGAGGCUUGGCUCAGGCUUCCUAUUCCAUCCUCAGCACUGUCUUUGAGGGGUCAAUGUCAAGAGAGGAACUGGAAGUGUCCCAGGAGGGUAUUUGAUCCAAGGAGACCUGGGAGGAAUAUGAUCUCUGUACUCAGACACCUAGGACAGUCAUUGAGCGGGCACUGGGAACAGUCACCUUGCUCUCUCUGGCAGUGCUGGAGGAACUUUAGCCUGUGGCAGCAAUGACAGGGCUGCCCAGAACCCUCCUGGGCUUCUUGUCCUGGUGCUCUGCCCUUAGUCUGAGCCUGAACUAUCUCUUCCUGGCUCCUUUUUCUUCACUUGACCCUUUAAAUGAAGGGGUUUUUGGUUUAGCCUCUCUCUGCUUCUUGGGCAACCACACCCUCUAAGACCUCAAAGUUGAUAGUACCUGCUCUGUCACCAUCUGAUAAUCCUCAUUGCUUAUGUUUCAAUUUGUCUUAAACCAAACUUGUUUCCUACCUUCUAACCCACUUCUGUCAAAUUCUUGGUUAAUCCUGCUGGAAGACCUCCUGGAGGAAGUGAUAUUUGAACUAAUUCUGAGAGACUGAAGGAAGAGGGAGGAGGACAGGUACCAGGAGCAGAGGCCUGAAAGGGCAGGCAUCAGAGGGAGUAAAUGGCAUAGGUUGUCUACCAUGACCUGUGGCAGGUGCCUGUUCACAAUAAAUAUCUCAACAUAAUAGUCACCUAGUCCAGCCCCUCUGUUUUCAGAUGAAGAACACAGUUCCUGAAGAGUAGCUUGUCUAAAGCUGCUUCAGCCCUCACAGCCGGCCUAUGUCCUCCCAGCCAGAGCAAGGCACCACCUGGAAGAGACAUUCAGUUGGGUGGGAUCCAGGGCCAAAGGGAGAAUGUCAGUGUUUGCUAAGCUAUGGGACUCGUGCAGCCAGCCACUCUUCUUUCUCCACUCCUACUGGAGCUUUUAUUUGUGUUCCUCAGACUUGGCCAGGCACCAGAGUCUCUGGACAGGUCCCAUUGAGAACAGCUACAGAGUGAGAAGUACUUUGCCCACCUUCCUGACCUGUUGCUCAAGGCAGCCCCCUGCAGAAUUACUGAGGUGCUGGGGCAGGGGUGGGGGGCGAGCAUUAGAACAAAGCAAGUUUUAUGAGGGUUGUUGAUGAACCCUGUCAGUUUAGCAGACAGUGACCAUCAGUUCAACAUCCACAGUGGCACAUGCCUAUAAUCCUGGAGGCUGAGGCAGCAUGAUCGCAAGCUGGAGGUCAGCCUGGGCAAUUUAGUUAGACCCUGUCUCAAAAUUAAAAAUACAAAGGUCUGGGGAUAUAGCUCAGUGGCAGAACACUCUUAGGUUCCAUCCCCAGAACUGCAAAAACCAAAAACCAUCCCUGUGAGAAGCCCCAGCAGUGCCACUGAGACGUACAGCUGAAGAUGGCACUGUCCAGCUCAGUGCCAGAUCCAGAGCAGGGCAGCUGGGGCUUGGGUCAGUUUUCUUUCUGUGCAUAAACAACAAAGAGAACAUUCUUGUUUUAUUUACCCCCAAAAUAAGACACUAUUUCUUAAUAAUUAUGUGUGUUCAUCAUAAAAAGUAAUUUAGACAAUACUAAAAUACCAAGAAGAAAAUGAGACUCACCCCAAAUCCCCCCAUUCACGUCCACCACUGACAGCCAGCUGUUGGCUUUCCUUGUUUUUUCAAUUACAAUUGCUACCUUGUAUGAGAACUUGCUAUGUGCCAGGAUUUACAUCAUGUGCUGGCUGGCAGCAGCUCCUCCACCUUAAGGUGUUUGUCAUGUCAUCUAUGCCCCUGGGAAUACCAGAGGUAGAGCUGGCCUCACAAUUUUAAGUUUCAUCUUAAAUGCCACUUCAGAGUUUGGUGUCUUUUUUUGUUUCCUUUUUCUUUCCAGUGCUGAGGAUGGAACCCAGGACCUCAUGUAGGCAAAUACUCUGCCACUGAGCCACACCACCAACCAGUCUUCUUGAAACCACAAGUUAGGUCCCAUUACUUUUCCUUCACUUCAUUUGUACUACCAUCAUCUGUUAUUUUUGUUUGUUUACUGCUUUUUCCCCACCCCUCCUUUCUUUUCUCUAGACUGGAAGUUCUUAGCAGGAACUGUUUGCCUGCCAGAGAUAAUCAAUAAAUGAUGUCAAAAGAAUGUGCAAAUGAUCUUCACAAUUAUGAGUACUAUUAGCCCCAUUUUAGAGAUGACAAAACAGGCUUUAAACAAUUAACCAGCCCAAGGUCAUACAGUGAAUUAGUAGGUCCACUCUUCUGUCUUCCCAGACUGUGAGCUCUUAAGUCCUGACCCCUAAACAACAGCUGCCUCUUACAGAAAGCUUGCUCUUCCCUUCAUUAGAUUAUGAAAGCCUUUUCUUGUCAAUAAAUACACAUUAAUUUUUAAUGACACUAUAAUACUCUAA